GAUGCUUAUCUCCCACAGCGGCUUUUGGACAAGUUGAUGUACGUUUACAAUUAUGUGGAGAUGGCUCGAGUCACUGGUGUGCCUAUCUCAUUUCUUCUUUCCAGAGGGCAGAGCAUCAAGGUACUUUCUCAACUUCUUAGGAAGGCAAAACAGAAGAAUCUUGUCAUUCCAAAUGUCAAACACGCAGGAUCUGAACAAGGGACUUAUGAAGGUGCAACUGUUUUGGAGGCCAGGGCAGGAUUCUACGAGAAGCCAAUUGCAACAUUAGAUUUUGCGUCUUUAUACCCUUCAAUAAUGAUGGCAUAUAAUUUAUGUUACUGUACUUUGGUAACUCCUGAAGAUGUCCGCAAACUCAACCUCCCACCAGAAUGUGUCAACAAAACUCCAUCUGGUGAAACUUUUGUCAAAUCAACUUUACAAAAGGGAAUACUUCCAGAAAUUCUUGAAGAAUUGUUGGCAGCUCGUAAGAGAGCUAAAGCAGAUUUGAAGGAAGCAACGGAUCCCCUUGAGAAGGCUGUGUUAGAUGGUCGCCAACUGGCUUUAAAGAUAAGUGCGAAUUCUGUAUAUGGGUUUACAGGAGCUACUGUCGGCCAAUUACCUUGUAUAGAGAUAUCUUCAAGUGUCACAAGCUAUGGUCGGCAGAUGAUUGAACAUACAAAAAAACUUGUGGAAGAUAAAUUCACAAUGCUUGGGGGCUUCGAACACAAUGCUGAGGUACAUUAUCUUCAAUGCUCCCAUGUGGUGUUGCAGGUGCUUGUCAGUGGAGAGUGACAUUGCCGAAGUGAUCUGUGAUUGAC